UUUAACCCAGCAACCGUCAAUCAGUAGAACGACGAUUUGGCCCCUAGCUCAAGGCCAGGCGUAAUGUCCUUCUCUCAGCAUGUUCAUGUACAGCCAGUUCCGUCUUCGACCAUCGGGUUGCCUGUCUCAUUCAUCGCCGGUCCAUUGGCUGGCAUGACACUUCGUGCUGAGCUGGAAGAAGUACAAUCAGCAAAGAUGGGUCGCAAAUAUGGGCACAAGGAUCGUAGGGCACUCGAUCCCCCGCCCGUUGUGCUCAUGAAACUGUACCGGAGAGUCGGAUACAAUAUCAACGCUCGGGUAGAAGAGGAAAUUUCCGAUUAUGGUUCCUUCAACAAUGUUGGCCUCGUAUGUCAAGCCGAUCUUUUUCCGAUCCCUGACACUAUCAGCGCAGGCAUCCCUGCUGGCCAAGGAACGUCACCAGCGUCGAAUCCCCACCAGCACGUGAUCCUGCCUCCGGUAUACAAUCGUUCUUCUGCUAGGCCUGCGCCCCCUGGUCCUACACCAGGAUUCGGCUCAAGCCCCUUCGUGAUACCCAGUCCUCCUGCGCAAAUAUUUCGACCCGUGUACACCUAUCCACCCCCUCUCCGUCUGACAGUAGCCCCAACGACAUCUCAACAGCCAUAUGCAUCGAGCCACAGCUUCCCAGAAAGUCUCCCUCGGUCUGACGUGGUAGCGUACUAUGGAGGUCAUGCAUUAUCAGAGAGUUCAAAAUGUACUCAACUCAUCGCGGGCACGAUCACCGUUGCUGCGAUUUGUAUUGACUACAAGGGGAAGAAGUCCCUGAUGUUCAUAUUCUCGGAUUUAGCAGUCAGGUCCGAGGGGACAUACAUGCUACGGUACUCGGCAUACGACAUUUUCUCCCAUGUCCGGCAUACUCAUGGACAUCCUGCGCUUGCUCAGUGCUUCGGAGGCCCCUUCCAUAUAUACUCCACGAAAGACUUUCCAGGUCUUCACGCUUCCACUGAUUUAACGAAGCAUCUUUCGUUCUACGGGAUGCGGCUGCAUGCACGAGAACAUCAACGCGAAGGAAAGAAACGCAAGGCAGACGAUCGAGAGCCUCGUUCUUCUGAAAUCGCGCAGGAGAGCGUUGGCUCAUCUGCGACAUCAUACGGAUCGUCAUCGGUACAGGACCUGCCUGGUAGCUUCCAGCUUGACAGCUACCGUAGCAGGUUCUAGGUCAGGCGACAGCGACGGUGCGCUUGCAUAUGGUACGGCAGAGGCUUUGUCAUGCCACGGUUUCACGCCCGUACUUCGAACUUGUAUAACAGUUGAUAGCCGCAGAAUCUGUGUAGUGACCAAGGUAAUGAGCAUAGUCAUCAAACCUG